AACUUGGCGAACACGCUGUAUCAAUAGACUACGUUAGACGUGCGAGGGGUUUUAUUGAAAAAGUGCAUAAUUCAGCCGUGAUCUGUGGUGUCAUGGGUAAGUCUUAUCCUUCUCUUAAAUUCUUAACCAACUUCAGCGAUCUACAUGUAAUAUCCCUCGAAUGUUUCACAAAGUUGCUACAUUGCAUGCAUGAGGGCUUUGUUGAUCUUCUUCACUGUUUUCCACUCGAAGGACUCAAACAAAUGCGAAUAGGCCUCUGAUUACUCCAAAGGUCAUCUCAGAACAAUAGCAGGCACUAUAUCAAAGUUCUUCAUCGACGAUAAGCAAGAAAAUUGUAUUAUUUUUGUAUGUGUGUGUUUCGUAUUGUGCCGGUGUCGAUGCAGUAAAUUUCUACUUGUGUCACUUAUUAUUGUUAUUGAUAUACCAGCCGUAUGUCUCCGGCUGUGAUGAAACUCCUUCUUCUCCUUUAUCAUUAUUUUAACACUGUUGCUUUACUAAAACAGGUAAAUUAGACGAGUUAGGAUCUCUAGAGAGAUGAAAAUUGCUACACGUAACAGUAGACAGACUCAAUUUGCAUUUGUCACUUUGAAGGAUUAACAGAAAGAUUAUUUUAUGCAUAUACGAACUGUAGGCAAAUAGACCUUAACCCUUUCACUCCCAAGAUCUGAUUGUCAAUUUUCUCCUCUAGCUACUACACAUUUUGUUGUAAAUUAGUUAUAGGAAUUUUGUUUUAGAUCAAGAUAACAACUCUUACCUGAUAGGUUUGAGUAUUCUCCUUACCUGUUUGCUGGAUUAUGUAUGUCUAUGAAAGGAAGUAGUUACAUUUUAAUCAUUUUUGGGAGUUAGAGCAAAUGUAAGAUGCUAGAGAGUUAGCAGGUAUGGUGUAGGAUAUUGAUGAAAAAAGCUUAGAGUAACUGGUAAACUAGUUGUUGACAAAACAAGCUGCUAACUAUUAUAAACACUGUAAAGGUCUAAUUAACUGUACUGUGCAUAUGCUACAGCUCAGAUAAUUGAAGAUGAAAUCGAGGACAUGGAGGAAGAUAACUUGGAUGAAGAAGAAGAUGGUGAUGAUGUUGAUGAAGAAGAUGAAGGUGAUGACGCAGAGAUGUUGGAACAGACUAUAAAACCUAAGGGUAGAAGAAAACCACGAUCUGUUCUCACAGGGCGGGGUGUCACUCUUGGCAUGUUGCUUGAUGAUGGAGUGAUGGAACCUGGGGAAAAAUGCCUUUCUAUUGAUUACUUGGUUAGUGUAACAGCUACAUGUAGAUGAUAUUUCAUUACUUUUGAAAGUGGAAUGUUUAUAGUGUUAUUGCAAAAUGUGUAAGUUCAUACAUUUGAAGAACAGGACUGGGAAGACAGAGCAUGGCAUCAAGCUCAUUAGUUCUCAAAAUUGCCAUUCAAAGAAUCAAGUUCAUAAAUGUAGUUGCCACCAAAUUCAAUUCCAGACACCCAAAUACAGGGGAAAAUCAUGAAAAAUUGAAAAUAAGACAAUGGAACGUGGGAAUUUUGUGCAAUGAAUGAAUGGUGAUUUGUUUUAGAGGUCCAGGCAAUAUCUCAAGGCUAAAUUCUUAGACAACUGAGGACAAAGGGUAUAAGUCUUUUUAUCAAUGAAAAUAAUGGGGCAUUUAUCGCACUUUAACCCUUCAACUCCCAGAAGUGAUUAACAUGUAUUGUACCUUCUCCCCCACAGUAUUCAUAAAUUAUCCAGUAAACAGGUAGUGAAAAUACUCAAACUUAUCAGGUAGAAAUUUUUAUCUAGAUUGAAUAACAAAUUCUUUUAACUAAUUUACAAGGAAAUGUGUAGCAGCAAAAUAGCAACUUUCAGCAGCAACAUUUAGUUGCCAAAAUUUUUUCAUUGGCCAUAACAACCAAAAUAGUCACAGAAUCAUGGCUUGAAAUGCUGAAAGAACAAAUUUGAACUGAGCAUGAAUCUAAGUCCUUUAAAAGGAUGGAACCUCGUUUCUUGGGAUUCGUUGAAGCUCAGUGACUAACGUUUAGGUCAAGACUACCACAAAAUUUAUAACAACUUCCAAUUACAACACUACAUGUAUAUCAAACAAAAAGCAGUCAUUCCAAAAAUCAGUUACAUUUAUCACUUUUAACCCUGUAAACUCCCAAGAUCUCAUUGGUAAUUCUCCUUGCUGUCUGCCAUACAAUUUAUAUGAUGUUAGUUUGAAGAAUUUGGAAUUGGAUCAACCAAUAAUCCCCUAAAUAUUUUUCUGUAUUCUCAUAACUUGUCUGCUUGAUAUUGUACUGAUAAUGUAAGGAGAAAUUCUGUAAUUAAUUUUUAGUAUUGUUAUUAUUACUUUUUUUAUUAUAAUUAUUAUUUUUAGUGUUUCCUUAUUCAUGAUCAUUGGUACUUUGACAGUCAUGAGAUUGAGAAUUUCAUUAUUACUAGACAUUAGUAAGAACAAUGGUCUAUUUUGUCAUCAUUAUCAGUAUUAAGUAGUUGAUAUGAAUUUCAGGGUCAGAAGUUUGUGGCUGAUCUCCAACCUGAUGGUAGAAUCAGAUGGCCAGAGGCUGAUCAAGUGUUCAACUCGCCCUCUGCUUGGGCAAUCUACUGUAAGAGGCUGGUGAAUCCUUCCAAGAAAUCUGGCUGUGGAUGGGCAUCAGUAAGUUGUUUUACAAAUUAGCUGUAACUCCCAAACAUGUAACUUCUCUUCAGAAUUUGAAGAGACUUUUCAUUUGCAACAUGAUGAUGAGAAAACUCAUCAAUUGGAGGAUGUUGUAUAUUACUGAUUAAUUAAGAAGCUUUGAUUAAUGAAUUAGGAUGCAGUAACUGGAUGAUUUUCACAACUAAGAAAGAAUUUCUUCAUCCAACAUUAAGCAAAAUUUAUUGCAAAUUCUCAACACUGUGAAAUUAAUUACUAAAAAAAGGAAACGUUAACUGGUAAACAUGCACGAUUUAAAUGACAACUGUACUAGAAGAGUUCUUGUUCUUCCCUCUGGUGUGUUUUAAAAAUUUAAAAAAAACAAUUGUUUUAAUUAUUGGAGUCAUUUUUAGAUUUUAGAAAGGUCCUAGUUAUAGUCAAAGAAAUUUCCACUCGAUCAAAGUAGAAUUUCUGUCGAACUUUGUCCGAAACGAUAUGAUGCAAAAACGGUUAACAACAAUGAUCAAGUGUACAAUUUGCAAUUCUGCGUAUGCGCUGUGGCGUGGAAUGCCUUGGUGAAAGUACAAAUUUCGUGCAACUUUCUUGAAAAGUAUUUUUACAAGUAGCUAGCUAUGAAUUUUUUUUAAAUACAUCUUUUCAUUCUGCCAUCUGUCUGCAUACUGCCAUAUUUUUUUUUCUGAACCAUAUCAGCGAAAGUCUCUUGCUUGUGGAAUGUGGUGACAUUAUCUAUGGGUGUCUUUAUGUUCAAGGCAAAGAUGGGAAGGUUUAAUCCCUUUCUAGACACUCCCUAUGAACAUGAUUAGUGAUUAUUUAAACUAGCUGUUCAGUAUAUUUCAUAAUCAAUCAUCAAAUGUAAUCUGAAAAGUCUGUCCAAAUUUAAUCUGUUGAUACCAUAAUUCCAGUGGAACAAUUACCUCGUUAGAAAGCAGCUAUAUAAAGCAGUUAUUAGUAAUGCCUAAUUCUGCCAAUGCAGGAUAGAAAGGAGUAAAUUGCUAAAAGUAGAGGUACAAAGUUAGGAAGAAACACCAACAGAGGGCUAGGAGAAAAUGCCCAUCCCUUGUAGCCAUCAUUCUCCUAAUACCAGCUUUCAGUGGUUAACCUUUUAGCUCCCAUGAGUGACCAAGACUGAAUUUCUCCUUACAAUAUCAAUACAAUAGCAAGCAGAUAAGUAAUUAGAAUAAAGAAAAAUACAAAUGUUGAUUUUGCUUGUAUUUUUUUUCUUUCAAAGGUAAAAUACAAAGGUAAAAAGCUGGAUCAGUUCAAGACAACAUGGUUUAGGAAGCAAAACCCAGGUGUAAGUAUCACUUAAAACCCAGCUUUUUAAGCAGAAAGAUGACAUGAAGUUACAAAAGUAUCAACCAGGAUGAUAAUAUAUAGAUUUAGUCAAGCCUAAAAGCAGAGCUCGCAUUUUUUUUCCCACACAUCUCUUCAACAAAACUAAAGCCCCUACUAUGGAUAAAGUGGGUGGUAAUAUUAAUGGAUUUUCAUUUGCAACUUCUCCGUGUCCAUGAAGAGGACUGAUUAUAAGAUAGUGCCCAUGGUACAGUUGGCCAUGCAUGCUAAAAGUAGCACCUUGUACGGUUGUUUGUAUGGUCGUACGGUUGUACAUCCAAAUUUUUUUGGCUUGAUGGGUUACUGCUAUUUUGUAUAAUUAUGGGGCUAUGCUCUGCGAGCUCUGCUAAUAUUUGAGUUAAAGCCAAAUUUUCAAAGCUAAAAUAACAAAUUUAUUGUAAGAAGUGUUAAGGAUUGAUACUUAAUCGAGGGUCUUAAUAGUGAAAGGGUCAAAGUUUUUGUGGAGGGAUGAAAGGCUGGGUUGAAGUUUUUGAUCCAGGUUCUAGACAUGCAAGGACCCAACAAGGGCAAAACCCUUGCUUUUUUUAAUUCAGGGUUUUUCUUUUUAACCCUUUAACUCCCAAGAUCUGAUUGUUAAUUCUCCCCUCUUGCUGCUAAACAUUUCCUUGUUAAUAAGUUAUGAGAAUUUGGUACUAGAUCAAGAUGACAACUUGUACCUGAGACAUUUGAGUAUUCUCAUUACCUGUUUGCUGGAUAGUGCAUGGAUAUUGUAGUGAGAAGUUACUUGUUAAUCACUUCUGGGAGUUAAAGGGUUAAGAAUGAGUUCAGAUUAUGUAGGUUUAUUUGGUAUUUGCCAUCAUCGCUUUUUUCUUUGCAAGACACCUGCAUUCUGUCUUAAGGUUUUGGUAGUUUUGUGGUAAAUUAUAAUUGUUAGUAACUUUGUGGUUUUGUUGCACAACAGGUAUCAUCAAGCCAUGGUGAUACACCAACCACUUCUCAAAAAAUGUCAUCAGCUCAUACCACCCAAUCAACAACUUCCUCAUCACAAAAGACACCAUCUGGCAAACCAUCUGGUAGUCAUAGUGAUGUGCACAGUUUCACAUCACCCUCAUCCUUGUCUACAUCAUCAUCAUCAUCAACAAUCACAUCAGCUUCUGUUCCAAAACCCUCCACACAAAGAGAACCUGGAUCGUCCUCAAUCAAGUCUGGGUCAGCUGGUACAAAAUCCCUCUAUAAACCGCCAUAUACACAGACCACACCCUCAGGGAGAGGGUAAGUUAAAAACAAUUGUAUUAAAAUCUAACCCCUUUUGGCAUUUUUUUUUUUAUUUUUAAGUGGCCCCAGGUUGCUAGAUUAUUGCCUGUGACUGUUGUUUUUGGUUUGAAGCAUCCAUCAUGACUUUCUUUAAUUCUGAAACUGAAACUAGAAUAAUCAUAACAAUAACAAUCAAUAUCAAUUAGGGUUGACCCACUAUCAUAUGGUCCAUUUUACCAUUGCAUGCUUGGUUGCCAAGCCUUUGAACAGGAAUGAGGCUAAGGGUAACCCUGUUAUGAUACAAACCUUGCUACUUUUCAAAUGUAAAUUACUUUGUUAUCAAUUCUUUAUGGAAAAUUGUUCUGAAAAUUAAUAUCUUCUGUUAUUUUACAUCAUUACAGAAGGAAGCCAAACAUUGGGUAUAUCCAUCCACCUCCUGCCAAAUCACCAUCAGUCUUCACACCAACUGCAGUCACACCAACGUCUUCAUCAAAGUCAGCAACAUCAAGUUCUCUUCGAAGCCCUGUGGGUGAGUCAUUUUUGUCAUUGUCUUUUUUUGCUUUAACAUUGCAAAUCUCAUAAUCUUCCAACAUUUGUCAAAAUAUCUAAGUCAUUCUGUUUGGUUUACAGACAUUCCCAGCCCAUUGUCAUCUCCACCAGGCUCUGCAGGUAGGAAACGAUCAGCUGUCAGAACUCGGCAGUCAAGCAAGCACACGAUGGUGACUCCUGAAAGGUGAAGAAAGUGUUACCAACAACAAUGUUAAUGAUACAAAAAAUUAUUUUUCGAUCAGUUGGUUCUGUCAACUGAGUUGAUAGUCCAUCUUACAGUUGCAUGCUUUGAACAGGAGUAAGACCUUGUUAUGAUACAAACAUUGCUGCUUUUCAAAUGUAAAUGACUUUUUUUUAUCAUGCUUACUAAAUACUGGUCACCAUUACAACAAGGUCACCUUUAUCCUCAGUCCAAAUCAAAAGGCUUGGCAAGUACAGUCAAUACACAACUGUAAAAUGGCCUAUUGGCCAAUGUAUACAGAUUCUGAAGCUGACAUUCAAGGGUUAAAUAUGGGCUAAAUUCUUGAAAUAUCAGCUUUGACACUCUUACCAAUGCCAAAUGACAUUAAAAAAUCAGUUGAUGAACCAAAUUAAUGUAAUACCCCUCUUCCCCCCCCCAACUAAUGCAGUACCACAGUUUCUUUAGAAACUUUCCCCUUUUAACAGUUUCAUAAAGGAUUUUUUGUUUGUCUUAGUGAUCCACACACUUUGGUUGAACUUGUGAACUUCAGUGCCACUGGAAAAAUGCAGCCAUUCUCUGUGGAUAUUUCGACAAACUGCCUUUUACUUAUGGCAAGUCUUUGGGCAUAUGUACAUCAUAUAACUGUACACACUAUUUGUAGCAGCAGUACCUUGCUAUCAUACACUGAUACUUUACUCUCUAAUGGAAACAAUCAUUAAACAAUCCUUAUAAAUGGAUCAUCAAAGUGUUUUCAAGAGCACUUUACCCAUGUGUGAGCAGGGUCACAUAAAGUGUAUGAGCUAGCAGCUCAAAGACAUGCAGAGCAGGAGACUUCUUUUGGUAUUCUUGUAAAAGACACUUUAAUUUAUGAGAUUCUUUCUAUUCAGGUUGGGAGGGAGGAGGGGGAGGUGGGGGAAGGGGCAUAUGUGGCUUCAUGCUACAGGAUCUGGGAUAAGCUCUGCCUGGUUUAGGCCACUUGGAUAAGAUAGGUCUGAAUACAAAAAUCUGGAUUUUCUAAGGAUUUUUAACUUGUUAAAUGGGAUUUUUAGAAAAUUUGAGAAUUGUUAGAACAUUUAAUGAUUUUUCGAUGAUAAUGUCUAGAAAAAAACAGCCAAUAGCCGUAUUAGUGAUGUUAUUCAGCACAUUUGUUAGAUGUUUUCUGUAAGCUUUGUGUAUAUUUUCCAGGAUUAUCAUUGUCAUCUCACGACCAGUGAAGUUGUUGGAUAUUUAGCAGGGCAGUUUGACCCACAAACACACCGUAAGUGAAUUCUAUAGGAGUCAUUUAACCCUUUAAACCCUGAGAGUAACCAGCAUCUAAUUUCUCCUCACAGUAAUAUGGCUGAGUCAUUCAUUAAGAUCACAAGAAUAAAGGAAAUGAUCACCACCCAAAGAAGCUUUGAUUGUUCAACAAAUUCUCCUCUUCAGUACUAAUAGAAACAUAGAGAAGAGUGUGGAGAAUAUGGAUACUGAUGUUAGGGUGUAAAGGAUAACUGUUCUCCUGUUUUGGACACAGCUACAUUCAUGCAAUUACUACAGUAUGCAUAUACUACUUUUGGGCUUCGUUCCCAAGGAAAGGAAAACAGAGUUGACAUAAAAAUUCCUUAAGUGAAACCUAUUCAGUAUGCCUACCCAAGAUUUCAAUUACACGCACAGUAUCAUUUAGGUUUGUGUAUUACUCAAGGUUCUAAUUGGAUAUUUUUUCUUAGACAUGAAGGUUGUGCAGGCUUUCCCCUGUCGCUGUCGAUUUGCUGACAAGGAAAAUGCACUCAAAGUUGAGGAAGAGGUAGGGAAAUUGAUGUUGUUCAUGGAAACAUAAAUGAUGUGACUGUGAUCCUCCCAAGAGAGCUGCAAUUAAAGAAAUUGCAGAGAAGAAGCCUGAAGAAAUUCUUUAAUCCUUUGACCCCUAAGAGUGAUUAGUAUCUAUUUUCUCCUUACAAUAUCAGCUCUGAAUCAAACAGUAUGGUCAUGAGAAUAGAGGAAAUGAUCACCAUAGAUUGUUAAUCAAAUUCUCCUUGUCAGCACCUAAGGAAAUGUAUAGAGAGGAGUAUAGAGUAUAUUUACACUGAUGAUAGGGUGCAUUUAGGGUUAAUUUAAGAUCACUUGUGGGAAUUAUUUCUUCAAUAGUACAUGCUCAUGUAUUUCAUUCCUAGGUCAAUUAAAAUUGAUUUCAUGGGUAUAUGUAAAUGCUUGCCAUUGCAGGUUAGGAAUGCAAUUGCACAGCGAGGACUUUUUCUGGUGGGUUGGUACCAUAGUCAUCCAUCCUAUCAGCCUGAUCCAUCACUCCAGGAUAUUCAGAAUCAGUUGAAUUAUCAGAGCAUCCUACAGCAGGAGAACGCACCAUAUGGAGCUUGCUUGGGUAUCAUAGUGUGUAAGUGUAUCCAAGGUUAAGAGAGUAAAAGGAGCUAAUUUGGGGAACAGGGAUGGCACAGUGGUGAUGGGAACACUUGCUUCCCACCACUGUGGCUUAGGUUCAAUUCCUGGACUAGGUCACAUGAAGGUUGAGUUUGUUGUCAGUUCUUGUCCUUGCAUGAAGGGUUUUUCUCUGGGUCUUCCAGUUUUCAAUCCACCUUAAUAACAAACAUUUCAAAUUCCAAUUUGACCAGGAAAAAGUGGAUAAGAAGAGCCACCUUGUGGAAUGUCCACUGCUAAAUACCCAUUUUUAUUUUUCUUCACAUUUAGCUACUGUAUUGCAGAAAAAAAGAGUCUUUUACCCACAUGACCAAGUGUAAGUUGGAGCAAAAAAACCCUUCCAACAGAAGAGUAGGUCCCAGGUACUCUAACCAUAGAACUGUAAACAAACACAAACAGAACCAAUGGUCUUCUAACAUGUUACUGCAUGUUAAAACAUGUUAGGGUUAUGGUUGGAACAUGAACUUUGUAAUAGACCUUGCUCACAGUAGAGUCCCUGUGGCUCCGUGGUAGAGAGUUGCAGUGCAGAAUCCAAAGUUCUGAGGUUUAAUUCAUGGUGGGGAUUCAGAUUUUUCUUUGUCCCACGUUCAUGACGAGACAAAAAACCUCUUUCUCUAUGUUACUGCACCUUUCAAAAUGGCCAUCAUUACAGUUUAUUGGUGCUAGUGAACCAACCUGGUCCCAUGGCAAGUAGUCAGCAGCAAACGACAUGUAACUUGACAAGCCCUGAAACUUAUGCACAGAACUGCAAAAAAAAUUGCAUUCCACAGUCAAUCAAAUAAACACUCUGAAAGUAAGUAAAGUGUCAGGUUAACCCUCUCCCAUGAGUAACCAAACAGAAUUUCUCCCUACAGUAUCAAGCUGACAAGUAAUGAGAUAAAGAAAACUCUGGAACACUCUAGAGGAUUAUUACUUGAUUGAAUACCAAAUUCUCUACCUUAACAUCAGAAGAAUUGUAUGCCAGACAGUAAGGAGAAUUACUGAUGAGAUCGGGGAGUGAAAGGGUUAAAUGAAGUGUAAAGUCACAAGAGAAGUACAUUAUGAUGUGUUGAUGGGGUUUUUAUUUCCUUUUUCCUUUUAGCCCCCUAUGACACCUACAGAACUACAAAGGAAUCAGUUAUACGGGCUUUUUGGGUUCAAACAUCAAUGGAAGGUCAAACUCAAAAACUUGGUGUACCAAUGCUAAUUAAUACCACCCUGCAUCAAGAUCAGUUUCUCACACAAGAUCUUCUCAAUGAACUGGUAUGAUAUAUGUACUAUUGUUUUAACCCUUUAACUCCUUUAACAGGCAAUGCAGAUGCGGACGCAAAUGCAAGGAUUUACACGUGUGAGCUACCCCAAUGCAAAUGUCAAUGCUUGCACCUCUAAUCCGUCCUGUGGUGGCAUGUUAUUGUUAUGAAAUGAUGGCUCAAAGCUACUAUUCAAAGCACUUACACUCAAAUUUGUAUUUCUGAUUAGUUACUUUUUUAUAUAAUUUUUCAGAGAUGGAUGUGGAGUUUUUACAAGGGAGGCCCUGAUGCAAUAAACUUCAACAACUUUUGGCAUGGAUCCCAAACCUACCUUGACAAAGUGAAGGUGAAGCCUCAAAUAUCAGUGUCUUAAACCAGUAGACUUAACAACAGAUCCUGCCUUCUUUUUAGAGUGGUGUAUAUUGGCAUGUGAGAGAAAUCUUAGUUGUAGUGUUGACUGUUGUUAUGAUGUUGUGCUCCUGACGUGGAACUGCAACCACACUUAUUGGCCUUUUCUUAUCGUCACACCCCUCAACCCUUUUUAACUGCCUCUCCUCCCCCCCCUCUCCCCAUGUAAAUUUACUAUUGUAGCCAUUACCCUAGAAAACAAAACCCUCUAAUUUGAACAUAGAUGCAGAAAAUCAAAAUUUGUGAGAGAAAGGUACAACAGAUGAUCAGCUGCCUCACACCCAGACCUCUCUCUGCCUAAGAUGCAGUGAGUGCAAAAGGAAAGGGAGCAAAUUUAAAAAAAGAAGAGAGUCACUUUCUCCUUUAUCCAUCAAGGGGAGGGGAAUGGGGGGGGGAAUGGGGGAGGGGAAUGGGGGGGGAGGGGAAUGGGAGGGGGAGGCUGGUUUACUAGUCCCUUAUGCAGAAGGGGAAGCAACAUAUUAUUACUCGCUGCUGCUCCUAGCAGCAAUCAGGGUAAGACUUAAAAAAUAAACAUUUUUACCUUUGUGUAUUCUUAAAUGCCAUUAUUCAUAUUUUCAUUUUCAGUCUUCCCUGAUAAAGAAAUUCCCAACAGACCAAACAGAUGGAAGAUUUUUAGAAUUCAUCAACACACUUCUAACCUAGAGAAGUGUUAAAAAUUGUAUUUCAGAGGUUAUUUUCACGCGGUCAUUCAGUCUAUAGGUGUAUGUUCUCAUCAUUUUUACUGUAUUAAAUUGUUUCAACACAGUAGUGUUUUUCUAGUGGUGGUGUUGCCUCAACCCCUUAACCCCUAAGAGUGACUAGUAUCUAAGUUCUCCUUACAAUAUCACCCCUGAAUCAUGCAGUAAGGUCAUGAGAAUAAAGAAAAUUAUCAGCAGCUAGAGGAGCUGUUGAUUGUUACACAAAUUCUCCUUGUCAGCACCUUGGAGAAUGUAUGGAGAAGAGUGCGAAGAAUAUCUAUACUGAUGUUAGGUUGUAAAGGGUUAACUCAAGUACUGUACUAUGAUUAAAAAAAUAAUUUUUGAACUGUUUUUCUUGGUGACACUCCUUGUUACAAGACUCCAUAGUUUUAUCUCGUAUCUAGAUCCUCCAUGUCUUGUGGGAAACAGAAGGCCAGGUUACAAAACCAGAGGCACUAAAGUAUGUAGGGACUUGAAAACAAGGAAAUCACAAAAACUGUGUUUUUAACUUUUUUAUUACAUCAAUGCUUUUACAGUUAUUUAUCCAUUUGUAACUUAAGUAACUUUAUUUUUGUGUCAAACACUGUAAAGCAAAAAUCACACUACUGAUGGGCACAUUAAAAAAAUAAAAGAUUAAAAAAACUUUUAACAUCAGGGCGUGAAAUUGCGCCUAAUACAGGCGCCAAUGCGCCUAAAUUUUUCACUUUGGCGACCAAAUCCUGAAAGUUAGUCGCCAAAUUGGCGACUAGAACGUUUCAUCAAGAUAAAAACAAAGAUAAAUCCGCGGCAAAACUUCCUCGUUAACUUCGUUUCAAAACGUAGCACAUGCAUCUCGAUCGAUAACUAGACGCCAUCUUGGAUUUAGAUGAGCCUGAACGUUGUAUAUCAUCCAUCCUAGUUUCCACUUUGUAGCAAUUAAAGAAAAAAGGGUCUAUCUAGAACACUGACAGCGUAAAGAAAGAUUUUGUUUGUCUUUGAAAAUGGCGACCAACUUUUUUUGAAUUGGCUACCACUUUGAAGAAUUUAGGAGCCAAGUGGCUAUCAGAAAAAAAAGUUAAUUUCACGCCCUGAACAAGAUAAAAACGAUAGACUUGAUAAUAAUUUUUGACAUUAAAUUAAGAAAACAC